GGCUGGCUGGCUCUCGACAUCCGCGGCGGUGGUGGUGGUGGUGGCGGCGGCGGCGGCGGGCUGAUGGUGCCGUUGUGGGCUGCGCGCGGGGCGGGACCAAGCGGCGAAGGGCGGGGCGAGUCGCGCGAUUGGUCCAGCCAGCGAGAACCUCCGCGCAGGUGUGAGGGUCAGUGUGGCGGUGUUCGCGGUGAUGGCAGUGUGGAGGCGCCCACCGCCCUUACGCCCGUAGCUACCUAAGUCACCCCCGCUGUGUGUGUGCGCGGCGCGUUGCUGGGCCCCCCGAGUGCUGCUGUGCGGGCCCUGGUGCUGCUACGGCGCCAUGGCCACAGCAUCGCAAGUCGCCGCGCGGGACAAGACACACCACCACCAGCAGUUCGCCGAGACGCAGCCCGGCCUGGUCAGGAUGGAGGCAGCUGUGGGCGGCGGCGGCGGCGUGUGUGUGGACGCCCUGGUCACACUGACGAAGGUUGUGUCUGCCGCAGGCGGGGGCCGCGUGUCGGUGUGCAUGGGCUGCGCCGCCGUCAUCCACGACCAGUACAUCCUGCGGGUGGCGCCCGACAUGGAGUGGCACGCCGCCUGCCUCAAGUGCGCCGAGUGCCACCAAUUCCUGGACGAGACCUGCACCUGCUUCGUAAGGGACGGCAAGACCUACUGCAAGCGGGACUACGUCAGGCUGUUCGGCGCCAAGUGUGAGCGUUGCGGCGGCGGCUUCAGCAGGACGGACAUGGUGAUGCGCGCCAGGGCCAAGAUAUUCCACCUAGACUGCUUCAGGUGCAGGUCGUGCGGGAAGCAGCUGAUGCCGGGGGACGAGUUCGCGCUGCGGGACGACGUGCUGUUCUGCCGCCACGACUACGACGCCAUCAAGGAGGAGGCGCGCGACGACGACCUCACCGACGACAACCACAAUACCGACCCCGCGUGCCCCGUGCAGCUGGCAGAGGAACCCGAGCCAGCCGGGGGCCAGCCUGGGACGCGGGGCAGCGGCGGGGGUACGCUGGGGACGGCGGAGCGACCCGAGAGAGGCCCCGCGUCAGGCACCCCCACGGGCACCCCAGCGUCGGGGGGCGGGGGGGGCGGCGCGCUGGGGCUGGGUCGGCGGGAGUCAGCGGGCCGCGUGCACAAAAGUGAAGGGAAGCCAACCCGCGUACGGACAGUCUUGACGGAGAAACAACUGCAUACGCUCAGGACGUGCUACGCCGCCAACCCCCGCCCCGACGCCCUCAUGAAGGAGCAGCUGGUGGAGAUGACGGGCCUGUCGCCGCGCGUCAUCCGGGUCUGGUUCCAAAAUAAGAGGUGUAAGGACAAGAAGAAGGCCAUCUUCCUCAAGCAGGCGGCGCAGCACCACGAGAAGAGCGGCCGGUUCGGGGCGUACGGCGUCAUGCAAGGAAUCCCACUGGUCGCCUCGCCGCCAGUGCACAGCGACGCGCCGCCCCCCCCGCUGGACGUCACCGCCUAUCAGCCGCCCUGGAAGUCCCUCACGGAGUUCGCGCUCACCCACGACCUCGAACGACUCGACCCAACCACUCCGCAGUACCAACACAUGCUGCAGCAGAUGCACGGCUACGGGCUGGAGGCCGAGGCGGGGCUGGCGGCGCACCUGCACCUGCCGCAGUACAUGGAGGAGGGCGGGGGGGGCGCUGGGGGCGGGCUGGGGCACCCCCCGUACGCCCACCCGCCCUCGAACCCCUCCUCCCAGUACCCCGGCACGCCCUCCGAGCUGUCCUCCACCUCCAGCGACUAGUGGAGGACCGGGGCGCUGCUGCACCUGCUCGGCGCCAUGGGCAGGAGGCUCGCCCCCACCCCGCCCCCCUUACCGCCCCUCAGCCCCCCGUGAGGACCCCCUGGACGAUGAGAAUCCUGAGCUGAAGGCGGAGACGUGACCAACCCCGUGAUGGCGCAGGGAAGUGGUGUACAGAGGCGCCAUCUUGCUGGGCGCUCGCUGCGGCAUGGAAGCGUUCCCCCGGGGUGACAGUGACCUGGGGCGGCGGUACAGGGGGCACAGCACCCAAUGCCCCCCCUGGGUUACCACUGGCUCUGCCCCUGAACUAAGCCUAAGGGAGAGUGGUUAUGCGUUCCCCCUGGGGUGGCGUUACCCUGGAGCCCCCGGGGUGAGAGAGGCCCCUGUGACUACCCGGUGGUGAAGCGGCGAGGCGUGAGAGAGAGAGAGAGAGAGAGAGAGAGAGAGAGAGAGAGAGAACAUUGAAAUAAGAAGAUAAGAAGAAAUGAAAGAAAUAAAAUAAACGAUAAAAAAGGAAGAUAGGAGAAGGAGAAGGGAAAGAAGAGAGAGAGAGAGAGAGAGAGUGAAACAGCCCGGUGCGUGAAGCUAAACUAAACUCUAUAAAUGGUGAAAUUCGUGAUGAUGAUGUAUAUAGAGAAGUCUUUAUAAUGGUGAAGUGCGGGACCCCUCUGUGAGACUUCCGGGGCCAUAGUGACCAGCGUGUGUGUGACCAUAGAAAAAAGGUCACGGUGAUAUCAGAAAAAGGUCAAAAAAGGUCAUAUAGAAAAAAGGUCACGGUGAUAUAAGAAAAAAGGUCAUAUGGAACAAGGUCACGGUGAUAUAAGAAGAAAAAGGUCAAGAAAAGGUGAUACAGAAAAAAAGGUCACGAUGAUAUAAAAAAAAGGUCAAUUAGCAAAAAGGUCACGGUGAUAUAAGAAGAAAAAGGUCAUACAGAAAAAAGGUCACGGUAAUAUGAGAAAAAAGGUCAACAAAAAGGUCAUAUAAGGAAAAGGUCACGGUGAUUUAAGAUUUGAGGCAAUGGAAAAAAAAAGGAGAAAGAAGAAGGAGAAGAAGAAGUAUAUGGCCAGUGAUGAGUUUGUGGGUAAAGGGGAAAGAAGAAGAAGAAGAAGAAGAAGAAGAAGGAGAAGAAGAAGAAGAAGAAGAAGAAGAAGAAGAAGAAGAAGAAGAAGAAGAAGAAGAAGAAGAAGUAAAAUAAAAAGAAGAAAAAAAUAAACUAGUCGCAAAAGUUAGUCGGAAAAGAAGAAGAAGAAGAAGAAGAA